GCGACUACAAGGGAAGUGUCACGCUGUUCCGUACGAGCUAAGGAGACGGCUACUGUUUUUGUUUUUAGCUGCUUUAAAGAGCUCCCAGCGACAGGAAAAGUCUCGCGUAAGUCAUAUGUAAGUCAUGUAAGCUAUAUAAAUAUGGCUAUAUGUGUCGGCUUCUCCACCAGAAAGGAAAGGUUGUCCUAAUCGGGAAAAACAGAACACCGCGGUGCGAAAAAGACUAGCGCUUGAAACAAACAGUUCAGACGACUGUUAGGUGAUUUUCAGCCUUUAAACUUUUGCUCAUCGCUCUGAGGCAGUUUUCACAUUAGGUACUAGCCAAUCUUACGAAGAAAAAAAAAAAAAAUGGACCGAGGUGGGUGUCAGAUGAGCGGCGGUGGUAGCGACGGCGGCAGCGGCCCUGGCCCCGACCGACACGGGAUGAUCACACUGGAGGACCUGGAGUCUUUCUCGGAGGACCAGCUCUCAGACUCUGGCAACGGGAGCCUCGAAGGAGGAGAUACCAUGGAGGAAGACGAAAAUCCAGACCGACUGCUACAUUACUGGCAGGAGGUAGCGAGGGGACACCAAGUCGAAGUUUCUCAAGAUAUGGCAGAACCCAUUCAACAACUAAGCAGCAACAACCAAGGGCGCAGUCACAGAGAGCAAGUCCCUUUUGCACUCCUUGGACGCAAAGAGAAGUGUGGGGAAAUCCUGUAUGAAAAACGCCACUAUGAAAAGGGCCACUGGGCUUGUAUAACGAUGCAUGAGGAGACAUAUGAACAGAGCAUUUGCUAUGGCUUUAUGAGGAUAAUGAAAUACAUCUGCCAGCAGAACUCCUUAGGUGACUAUCUGGGCAUGACGCUGCCUAUUGUAACAGUGGUGCGCACAGAUGAGAACCAUUCGGGGAUCUCCCACAAUGUCACUGUGGCAUACUACCUUCCCGCUGAGCAUCAGACUCAGCCCCCGCAACCUCUUGACAACGACAUUGUCAUUGAGAUCUGGCCUGCGGCUGUUGUAUAUACAAGGGCCUUUAGCGGUCCCACUAAUGAAGUGACCAUCAUUAAUCAGAUAAACAUCUUGGCUGAACUGCUGGACUCCCCAGAAGCGUGUGUCAACGACUCGUUCAUUGUGGCCGGCUACACCAACCCUGCUCACAGCAACCGUCAGAAUGAGAUCUGGUUUCUAGAGCGGCACUGAGGGAGACCAGGAUUACACAACAUCUUUCCUUGUGACCCUUAAGCCUCAUAAAGACUCCCUUAACACUGCCCUAGCUCAGCUACAGCCUCAGGUGCAACACCAUUGUCAAGUCGCCACCUCUACCUGAAAUGACCACCAGCGCUAGCAACACUCCAGAACCAGUGGGUUUCAUUUUAAAAAUGAUAAAAAGCUCAACCUUUAACCUCAGUGAAUUUUCCUUUUAUAUAUUCAUUUUAGUUAGAGCCUUGUGUCACACACAAGAACCAAACUUGACCAUUGCCAUAGUCUUGUGAACACAACACAGAUGCUAGGGUAAAACGUAGCAUUCAUCUCCUGCUUAAAGAUGGCUAACCUUUCCUAAUCACAGUGCCCACUAAGUGGUGUCAGAAACAUGUGACAGCCUGCCCAUCUGUAGCAGAAUCAGGCUCCUGGUGGACACGCCGCCUUAUUGUGCUCCCUUCUUGUUUGUUGCACAGCCACAACGUCUUGUUACAGAAUGACUCACCCGCUGUUAAUUUACCUCUGGAUUACAUCUUUCAUUACAGGUUACAAGUCUGUGAUAACAGUCACACUGCAUAAUUUUUUUAAACUAAAAAGUGCAAUAUUUAUUAGAUAACCAUAAUCAACAAGGCAGUUCCUGGGCCACUAACCUAACCCAAUCCAAGGGUGUGUUCAGUUGGUGAAAGUGUAGUUUAGGAGAGGAUUCUGCAGCAUCCAUCAUGACCUGAACUAGUGGCUUCAACCGUAAAUAAGCUUGAUGCAAACGGUGACAUUAAUUUAGAAAACUGCUAUGAAUAUAACUUGUUCAUGCAUGUCUGUGCUUGAAUGUAAAUCUGCAGGACAAGGGGGUAACUCGUCACUUCUACAAACCAAAUGCUGAAACACUCAUUGGUUUUUAUUGCUGAAUGACAAUCAUACAGUGUUUAAAGAUUCUAUAAAUCCUUUUCUCUUAAGGAAAUGAUGCAACAUGCAUUCCUCAUGUUUCAGAUCUUGUACACACACAAGAGUAGUUACCUAAGUACCUCGUUGUCAAGCUUUUUUUAAAAAAAAAAAAAAAAAAAAAAA